AUGAGUCUCACCAAAGCUUUGCCAAUACGAUCCAUUAAACAUACAGGGAAUACCAUCAAAACUCGGUUCCUUAUUCUCUCAGAUACUCACGCAUGCGAUGUCGCUGCGCCAAAGCAAUAUGCUGAUGUUGCUCUACAUUGCGGCGAUCUGACCCAGCGUUCGAAAAUGUCAGAGUUCAGAAAAUCAUUGGCACUCCUUAAAAGCAUAAAUUCGCCCUUGAAACUGGUCAUUCCCGGAAAUCAUGAUUUCACCCUCGACGAAACGCUAUUCCGCGGAGGGGAAUUCAAAACCCGCCGAUUGCUUUCCACAAAGGAGAGAGAGAUGGAGUAUGGCAGAACAGGGGAUGCCAUUGCCUUGAUGGAAGAAGCGAGUGAGGCAGGCAUUUUCUAUUUGAAAGAGGGAACUCACCAAUUCAAGUUAAGCAAUGGAGCCUCACUCAAACUAUUCGCAAGCCCCUACAUCCCAUCGUUGUUGGAAUGGGGGUUCAGAUACGAGCCCUCAAAGGGUCACAAAUAUGAAAUAAAGGAGGGGACUGACCUGGUCAUGACACACUGUCCACCAAAGGGAAUCCUGGACGCUAACUAUCAGGGAGAUGAAGUCGGGUGCCCCCAUCUAUUUGAAGCGGUAGCUAGAAUACGGCCUAGAUUACAUUGUUUUGGGCACUCGCAUGAAGGAUGGGGAGCUAAGUUGGUUACCUGGAGAGGAGAUGCAGCGAGCGAAAGACACUCACGUAUGGCCGAUGUGGACGAGUACCAUUCCGUUCUAGUGCAACAUCUAGAUGGACUUCGAAGAUCGAGCGAAGACGACGAAAGGAUAAUCGAGGAGAAGGCCGAUAAGGUCAGAGCAGCUUACAAUGAAAGAUGUUAUCGGACAAGUCACUGUUCUGGCGACAACCAUCCCAUUAUUCUUGGGAGGAAAACACUUUUCAUAAACGCAGCUAUGAAAGGAAGUAAGGAAGCCGAGUAUCCGAUGCAUCUUCCAUGGCUUGUGGAUGCUGAGCUUCUGAUGGCCAAUGCGGAUUAG